AUGGGCUCAUGUGCCAAUGGCGGAGGAUACUACCACUACUGCUACUCGGUACUGCGUGGUUGUGAUCGUGUGAUUCCUGUUGAUAUCUAUGUUCCCGGAUGUCCUCCACAUGCUGAGGGAAGGCUUAGUGUUUGGUUAAGAGUUCGAAAACCGCGGCUUGCUGGUGAAGGCAUUCUACGCAAGGCACUCCUCUAUGGUGUUCUCCAGCUACAAAAGAAGAUCAAGCGAAAGCGUGAAGCUCAACUCUGGUACAGACGUUAA